AUGGAUUUAAUAUCAUUGGGGUUGACCCCCCGUAAAUCGAAAAAGAUAUUGCAAAUAAUCAACAAUAAUAGGGUUUCACGAGAUAUUAAACAUGAAUUCGAUCAACUUAACUCAUAUACAAAGGCAUUUUUAGUUAAUCAGUUGUCAAUUGAAGGCUCGCAACAAGAGAAACAGGAGAACCAAGGACAUCAAUUCAAUGGUGAAGUCAACGAUAAUGUUUUACAAGUUUUCCAAGAGUUGUAUUUCUUAUUGGAUGUCGAAAACUUUAAAUUCAAUCAUGUUUACACUGACAUUGACUUGAACAAAUUGAAAUUGAUUUAUAUGAAACUCGCUAGUAUUGGUGGUAAUGAAUCGUUGAACAACAACACGAAGACAAUCUUAGAAAUUAUAGAGAGGUAUAUAAUAUUGACAACGACGUUAAGUUUAACCAAUUCCCUAAUCUAUAAAACAUUGAUUUUGAAAAACCAACAAGUUUAUUGGCAAGCAUUGAAUAAUUCCUCUACAAUUAAUAAAUUGAUAUACUUUAUGCAAACAUCACCGAUAAAGUUGUACAAUUUUGGCUGUGACAUUUUUGUUAAAACUAAGAGAAUCCUAUUUCAUAGUGAUAACAAUAAUAAUAAUAAUAAUGGGAAUGGGUUGUACCAAUUAUCCAGUCAAUCAGGAGGGAAGGAGGAAGAUAAUAUUAUUUCCCGUUAUUUGUUGGUUAUUAAAAAUGUUUGCAAACUUGCAUUUAAUGGGUUGAUAACCUCUAUUCGUCAGCAAUCGCCACCAUCAAUUAGUUUUAUAUUGUUAUCAAAUGAUAGAACUAGAACCAAACACAAACAUAAGCAGAGAACAUUAUCGAUUAAAUGGUAUUUGCAUUCAAUUAAAUCUGUCAUCAAAUUCCCUAUCAAUUUGGUUGUGAAAGAAGCAAAGUCGAAAUUACGUAAAAUUGAUGACGAAAUUGCUAUUAACAUUGGAAAUAUCGAUAAAUUGAUUAAGACUAAUCCAAAAGAUUAUUUAGAAGCAUUGAGUGUAAUUUUACAAUUAGAUUCAACUCAAGACCAGCUAAUUUCACAGAACCUUAAUGCAGCUGCUUAUCAGAAAAAGAAGAAUAUGAUAUUACAAGCAAUGGAACAUGUUGUUAAAUUUGAUAAAAAAUCCUAUGAUAUAACAUCUUCUCCUGGGUUUUUGACAAGAUAUUGGAUAAUAAUUGCAUUGAUUAUUUUUUAUGGACCUUCACAAACCAAAAAAGUUUACGCUAAUCGUCAAGAAAUCAUUUAUUGGAUCAAUUAUAAUGGCAUUGAACCAGUUGUAGGGUUUUUCAAAAACUGGGUAAUAAAACCUGUUUAUGACAUGUUGGAUAUUUUGAGAAAUACUAGUAGUGAUAGUCAAUUAUCGAUCACUAGUAAGGAUUCAUUGAAUUCUGAAUUUGAUUCGUUAAACUCAAUGAUUUAUCAAUUUGCUCAAGAUAAUCAUAUAGACGUUACUGAAUCACAGAUUACUAAUGAUGUCAAAAAUGGCGAUUUAAAAAUUAUCAUGUCGACGUAUGAAAACGAAAUCAAAUCACCUAUUAAAUAUUUGAUCACUGGGUCACUAUUAAGAUUGAUCUUGAUUCAAAUACAAAAGGGUAAAGUUGAUGGAGCCAUGGCAAUAAAUGGGAUUGAUAAGUUGUUGAAAUCACAACAACUAUUAUUUGCUAUGGUGUCAAUAAGUCCGUCAAUUUUGAUAUUGUAUCAAAUGUAUAGAAUUUUGGCCAAUAGUGGUAAGAGCAAUGGCAGUGGUGCUGGCUCGAUAAUCAUUAAUGGCAAGCAAUUGAAUAUUGUUUGUUUGAAAUGUUUGAAUAAUAUUGAGAAUCUAUUGAUAUUGUUGCAAUUACAAGAGAAGAAACCUCAACAAGAAGACGAACAAAACAAAAGGUCUAUGAACGGUGUUGGCAAUAAUCGUCAUCAGGAAUUCUAUGAAGGGGAAUUGUUAAUUGAAAUAAUCAACUUGUUCGUUUUUUCAAGUUAUUUAAUACCAAUUGAUUUAAAAGAUGAUUGGAUCAAUGAUUUAAAUGAAUUGAAUAAUAAGCAGUUUGAUAUCAGUACCAAGCUUGACUUAAUUCGUAAAAUAUGGAACAUGUACGGUGCAUAUUUCAGAUGA